AUGUCCCUACGCCUGUGCAGCGUGCACCUGCAGCUGCUAAUGCUGCUGCCUCGCCCGCUCAAUGAGCCGCGCUCGUAUCCAAAUCAGCAUGCUCACGCUCACACACAGCAGCACGAGCAGAAUCGUCUCCCCGAGCUCGUCGUCCACGCCAAACUCCUGCGCGUUCCCGUGCUCAUUGAGGUACUCCCCGCGCAGAGUACCGUUGAAGUAGUCCUCGGGCCCGAAGUCGAGUUCGUCUGCGAUGGCUUGACGGUGCUCGCGCCGAAUGCCACGAAAAAUUAA